ACUUAAGUUAGUGUCGUGUUGCACAUUUGUUUGUUUUUUUAUCGCCUUAAUUUGCAAGGCAUAUUUCUGCCCCUGUGUCCUGAGGACAUUCAAACUCUGAGCAGAGUGAGAGAGUGUGGUGAAGGACGGCUCAGCGGAGGAGACCAUGGUGGACGACUGACUCACGAUACUGUCAGUAAAGUUUCACUGUAACGUUGAACUGAGACGCGGGACAAGAUGAACAAGAAACGGUACUUUCUCCAGGCACCGGAGGUCAAAGACUAUUUAGUCAAAGGAGAGCGAUUCACCAAGUGGUCAGAGGACUCCACAAAAACUGCUCCUGUCACCAUGAAGAUGGAUCCCAAAGGGUUCUACGUCUAUUGGACCAACCAAAGCAAGGAAACAACAUUCCUGGACGUGGCAACCGUCAGAGACACUCGGACGGGCAAAUACGCAAAACUGCCCAAACACUCUAAGGUCCGCAAUGUGUUCAACAUGGACUUCCCCGACAGCAACCAUCUGGCCAAAACCCUGACCAUCGUUUCAGGGCCGGACAUGGUCAACCUGACUUACCACAACUUCUUUGCCUCCAAGGAGAAAGUGACGCAGAACUGGGCGAAUGACAUUCUUGCCAUCGCCUACAACGCCGAGAGAAACAAUUCCUGCAGACAAGUUUAUCUUGAGAAGAUAUACGUUCGCAUUUCUCUCCAGACCAACAAAGAUGGAAAGAUACCGGUGAAGAAUAUUUACAAAAUGUUUCCUGCGGAUAAGAAGAGGGUGGAGAGCGCCUUGGCCGCCGCACAUCUCCCGAAGGGAAAGCAUGACACAAUGAAGCCAGAUGUCUUCACUGAAGCUGCCUUCAAGGCGUUUCUGUACAGUCUCUGUCCUCGACCGGAGAUCUACGAGAUCUUCACUUCCUAUUCCACGAAACCCACCAUGACGAAGGAGAUCUUCACCAAGUUCCUGAACGAGAAACAACGAGAUCCCAGGCUGAACGAGGAACUUUUCCCACGUCUGCGUCAGGAUCAGAUCAAGGCCCUGAUUGACAAAUAUGAACCCCAGACAACUAACUCUAACAGAGGCCUCAUUUCUCCUGAAGGUCUCCUGCUCUUCCUGUUGGGACCUGAGGCCGCGGUCGUCAUGCAGGACAGACUGGCCAAGUGUCAGGACAUGACCCAACCUUUGCCCCACUACUUUGUCAAGUCGUCCCACAACACAUACCUGACAGCCGGUCAGUUCUCCGGUGUUUCCUCUCCGGAGAUGUACCGCCAGUGUUUGCUGUCUGGCUGCAGAUGCCUGGAGUUGGACUGCUGGAAGGGAAAACCUCCGGAGGAAGAGCCAAUCAUUACACACGGCUUCACUAUGACAACUGAGAUUCUCUUCAAGGAUGUGAUCGAGGCCAUCGCUGAGAGCGCCUUCAAAACUUCCCAGUAUCCAGUUAUUCUUUCCUUCGAGAACCACGUCGAUUCGGUGAAGCAGCAGGAGAAGAUGGCCAACUACUGCAAAACCAUAUUUGGUGAUGCCCUGCUGACUGAGCCGUUGGACAAAUACCCUCUGAAGCCAGGCCAGCAGAUUCCCAGUCCGUCAGAGUUACUGGGAAAAAUCCUCAUCAAGAACAAGAAGGGCUGCCACGAAAAACCAGCCCAGAACAAGAAGACCGGCCCAGACCUGACCACGACCACGACCACGACCACGACCGUGACCGCAGCCACAGCUUCAGCCACACAGGAGCCCGCGCUGAACACCCAGGAGAACCAAGAAGGGGACGCAGCUGUGGAGGACGCAGAGGAGCAGGAAGACACGGAGGAGCAGGAUGAGGAGAAAAUGAAGACAUGCGAUGAGGGCACAGCUGGACAAGAAGUGACAGCGUACGAGGCCAUGUCCUCCCUGGUCAACUACAUCCAGCCCAACAAAUUUGUCUCCUUCGACAUCGCCAAAAAGAAAAACAGGAGUUACGUCAUCUCGUCUUUUGUGGAAACCAAAGGGGAGGCGAUGAUUUCCAAGACGGCUGUUGAAUUUGUGGAGUACAACAAGAGGCAGAUGAGCAGGAUUUACCCCAAAGGAACAAGAAUGGACUCCUCCAACUACAGCCCUCAGCCUUUUUGGAAUGUCGGCUGCCAGAUGGUGGCGCUCAACUACCAGACAAUGGAUUUCCCCAUGCAGCUGAACCUGGCGCAGUUUGAAUUCAACGGUCGAACAGGAUACCUGCUCAAACACGACGUGUUGCGUCGGAGUGACAAGAAGUUCGACCCUUUCUGUGACAGGAUUGACACGGUGGUGGCGAGCACGCUGACCAUAAAGAUCUAUUCAGGACAGUUUCUAUCCGACAAGAAUGUGAAGACGGGAGUAGAGGUGGAGGUGAUCGGGCUGCCCGGAGACCCCAAGAAGAAAUACCGCACCAAGUGGUCGACCACGCCCAAUGCCAUCAACCCAGUGUGGAACGAGGAGCCUUUUGUUUUUGAGAAGAUCCUGCUUCCAGAAUUGGCCUCUCUACGGCUCGUGGUCCACGAGGAGAGCGGGAAGUUUCUGGGCCACAGGAUCAUCCCAGUUGAUGCCCUUCUAUCAGGUUUCCAUCACAUCUGCCUUCGCAGCGAGAGCAACAUGCCUCUCACUCUGCCCGCGCUCUUUGUGUACAUCGAGGUGAAGGAUUACAUCCCCGCUGCCUUUGCAGAUUUCACAGACGCCUUAUUUAACCCGACCAAAGGCACAGAGAAGACGACAAAGACUAACAAGGAGUCGUCCCUUUCCUACGUUUCUCCGUAUGAGUUGCCUGCUGUGGUCCAACCACCUGGGGACAAAGCUCAGCCGAGCGAUGAACCUGUCUCAGAAAAGCCUGCUUUGGAUGUCCCUUUGACGACGGACGCCGAGGAGGCGACGUCUCAGACCCCACUGGACAUAAAACCAGAAGAGGUUCAAACAGAGGAGGUGACGCCUGACGCUCCUGCUGUUCCUGAUCCAACACCUGAUCCAGGAGCAUCUCAAACUCCUCCUGAAGCCACAUCUAACACCGUGGAGGAGGAAGCUGUCCCUGAGAGUGAAGGAACCCCGGACAGGAAGGAAGACCCAGCUGAAGACAACAACACCAUGCCUGAUCCCAGAUCAGAUUUGAAGCCCAUUCCCCUACCAGGUUUAGCACGGAUCCCACCUCCUUCGGUCAUAGAAUCAGACGAAUCAUUGUCUCCGACUCCUGCGAUCAGUGAAGGUAACGCCGAGGUUUUAAAUGAGCGUAGUAGAAUUUGUCACUCGACGCCUUCGACUGUGACAGCUGAAGAACUGACACAGCACAAGAACUACGUGAAGUUCAUCAAGCGACAGGAGCGGGAAAUGAAAGAGGCGGAAAAAAAAUAUCAGAAAAAAACAGAGGAUCUGAUUCAGAAAUACAGCGACUCCUUCAAGUCCAUGAAGAAGAAGUCUUCGCUGAAGAAAAAGGAGGAGGGGGGAGGCACCUCUGACCCCGCCGUGAAGGAGCGAGUGAAGGAGCAGAAGGAGAAGAUGCAGAGUGAGCUGCAGUCUCUGUGGACGGAGCAGUACGAUCAGCUGAAGAAGAAAAAAGAGCAGUUAGCCACAGAGAGACUGGCCACACUGAUGGAGUUGGCCACUGAGAAACACGUCAGCGAAGCAAAGAUCCUGGAGAGUGAAACCAAUGAUGGCAAGAAGAAAGCAGGCUCAAAAUCUUCAAAGAAAGGGAAGCUGAAAAAGGCAGGCAGCACAGAGCUGCUGGACGAGACGAGUCAGUCUGAUUCUGCAUCCUCAGAGUUCAGCCCACAACAAGAGGCUCUGAAGGAGAAACAGGCGGGCACGCUGGAGGACGUCAAGACGCUAACAAACCAGCUCAACCUGGAGGCUAUGAACGAACACGCCCACAAACUCAGGUCGCUGCCGAAGGAGGUGAGAGACGCCGUGAACGUCUGUGUUAGCGCUCACUUCCCCGACCUCGUGGACCAGGCUGGAGACACCAAGGUGGACGGAGACAGCUGCUACGGAGACGUCUUCCUCGGUUGAGUCAAAUGUAGCCCACGGGCUGGACCGUAGGUGUAGGACAGUCAUUCCUUUUGAAUCUUAGAUGUUUUAAUGUUAGCCAAAUUUCCGAGUCAAAUCACUUCAUUUUUGAUCUUGUUCCGUCUUAUACUGUAUGGAAAAGAAAAGAAAACCAAAGCUUUGGUGGAGGAAUUUUUUUAUUUAUUAUAAAUCUGCCUACAUUAUGU